GCCUGGAAACCUGUUGCCUGUCUAAAUCGAGACAAUGGUGAUGCCCUCCGACACUUCAACGUCAAGCCGACGAUCGACGUAAGCGUACCCCACAAUCCGUGACGGAGAAAGCGAACUUGCGGAGAGCCCUGGAGGGAACAAUCCCCCGGAAACUUUGUUCGACGGUAGAAAUCGAUGGCGCUGUGUUCCUGCUUCGGCUCAUCCAAGGCGCAGAGGGAGGCCGAUCGCCUUGAGUCAGAAGAUGCCCGCGCCAAGGCCGCUGAGGCUGCACGAAUUAGGCAGGAGAAAUUUGAAAAGUCUGCGGCGGGGAGAGCAGUCCGGGCGCAGAUUGCGGCGGCCAAGCAAUCAAAUUCCCCCUCCAAAGGGGAGCCGGUCCUCAAGUGGCAGAUGGGUUGAUGCGUGACUUAUAUUGGCCGAUGGAUGAACUUUCUUCUGUACCGGCGAUCCUGCAUAAGGACAAUAGUUGGUAUCAGAGCCUUCGCCUGGAGGAAGACGACGGACCGAGGAAAAGAAUCAGUGACAGAGGGAGUUCGGACCCUUGAUAUGCUCUCGGCAAACCAGAAAAAUGUCAAUCGUAGGCUUGACAAAUUGACGGCUGAUGUUCAGCUGCUGAUAGUGGAGAUUCGCCAUGAGUUCAAUCUCAACAGGGAGAGACAACCUUACCAGCCAUUUCAUUGGGAGGAGACACAUGCAAAUAGGCCGAUUCCUAGGAGGAGAGCCAUGGUCGGCCGCAAUGAGCAACACCUCCAGGCGAACCUCCAAGAACCAUCCGAUUCAGAAGAUGAACCGCCUCCAGUGCAAGGCUAUGAUCCGAGGGAGUCCAGUGAAGAGGAGAUAGCUAAUCGAUAUGUUGCAGAUUAUCCCCGAAAUCGAUGACGAGCAAAUUACCAACAUUAUCCUGACGAAUUCAAGGCGAAGCUGGAUAUUCCGUUCUUUGACAUACAUCUGCACAUUGAAGACUUCCUUGAUUGGGAGAAGGCGGUUGAGAAUGUUUUUGAUUAUAUGAAAAUUGAGCCGAAUAAGCAAGUUAAAUAUGUGGCGUGCAGGUUGAAGGGCGGUGCUAGUGGUGGGAGUAAACCUUGCAAAUGAGGCGAAGAGAAGGCCGAGGAGCAAACCUUGUAUUAGUUGCAUUAAAAAAUACCACCCUUGAGUUGUCUUGUGUCAAAUUGCUAUAAGAGUUUUAAGUUGUCAAUGUGUCACUUUAAAGUGUGAUCAAUUAUCAGGAUAACUUAACAAAUCAUUAAAGUGAUGAAAUUUUAACAACAAUGUAGAAUCAAUUGGUUGAUUUGUUAAAAUCAAUUGUGUUGUGAUAUUGGAAUAGUUGAAGCAUGAAUUGAUACAUUUAGAAACUGAUACAUUUAGAAACUAAUUAAGUUCUUGGAUGUGAACCCGAAGUAAUCUAAUAACCGUAAUAAAUUAAUUCAUUUGAAUGUUAGUUUUAGUAUGAGACAAGGAAAUCACUUCGAUAUACAAUUCAAGGAUAAAAAAUGUUGUUUAUGGAAAUUAUAAAAUUUUAAAUUAUAAUGUAGACGAUGGCAUCACAAAAAAAUAAAAAAAUAAUGUGCCUAUUUAUGAUGGUAAAAUUGAUCUUUAAGCUGCUAGUUACUAGAUUUGAUGAAUUUUUUGAAUAAUAAAUCAUGCUUGCUUAAUGAUAUGGAAGAUUUGUAAAAAUGAAAUUGUUUGAACCAUCUAAAAUUUAUUGGCUGAGCAUGAAGAGACAAAGGGAAAUAUUUGGAUUGGAACUAACUGGUGAAUGGGUUGAAAUAGAAAAACAUAUAAAAGUUAAACAUUUAUCUUUCUCUUAUAGUAAUUAUUUGCUUGAUGAAUUUAAUUCACUAAAGUAAGAAACUAAAAUUGCUAUUAAAUUCAUGGAUAUAUUUGAAGAAUUAUUGUUGUGGUAUGAGAUCAUUGAAGAUCCUAAAAUCACAUUUUGUAGGUUUGGAUCUAGUUUGAUGCCUGAUAUUAAGAGAGAAAUGAUACCUCACCACAUUCCAUCAUUUGAGAUUGUUUUUAACUUGCAUUUGAUUUUGAAUAAAUGAUACAAUUUCUUUGUCUAAGAAGGUUGCUAUUUGUUUUGGUAGUUAAUCAUUCUGUUAAAACAAUUGGGUUCAACCCUUUGCAUCUACUUACAUUUAAGUGCAUUAAUACUAUGUUUAAUGAGGGUAUGGGAAAAAUAAUUGCAUUUGGGUUCAAAAUUUUCCCAAAAUAAUGUUUUAAAUAUCAUCAAUAUUGUCCUUAUGCUAAUUGGUAUCCUAGUAGAAACUUGUAUUUUCAUCAAGGCAAUAAAGAAAUUGAAAUUAAUAAUCCUGAUGAUGGUCAUAAGUUUGAUGAAGAGAUUAGUGAUUAUGAGGAUUCUUUAGUUAAUAAAUUUUUGCAUGUCAUACGUUGCGUUAUAGCCACUUUAAAGUUUAAAUUUGAUUGGAUUUUUUUCAAACUUACUUUAAAUAUGAGGAGAAAUUGUUUAAACACAUAAAAAUAGUGUUAGAUACAUGAAUGUUGUUUAAGUAUGCUUUAGAUCAUAUGAAUUUAAAACUUGAAUCACAUCCACAAUUUGAAGUACUGUGCAUACAUUAGGUAAAUAAUAUUGUUAUUUGUGUGUCUUGUAAAUGUCUAAUUCCAAUUGAAUUGGCUACCUAUACUUUCAGAUUUUUGUUUGAUGUGAUGCCACAGGGGAAGCUCAUUAUUUUGGGUAAAACUUGUUUUGUAUGAUUCAGAUUUUAUUCAUUUUGGAAGGUCUAAUAUAUAUUCUUUUAAGAUUGAUUGGAGAAGGGUAGUUCUGAAAUAUAGAAGCCAAUGGGUAAAUCUGAAUUUGAACAUUAAUCUAGUGUGUUCAUUGGAGUACAUUUUUUUUUGCAUAUUCUGAGUAAACAUGCAUUUAAGAAAGAGAGUAGGUAGGAGGGAGUAAUUUGUAUCUUAGUAACUUUGAGUUCAAUAAUAUAGUCUGAUGUUUUGAAUUUUCCUUAUGUUAUGAAUUUGUCAAACAAACUUUAUAAAGAUAUUUAUCUUGACUAGCUUCCUAAUGAAUUAUUGCCAAUGAGUGAUAUAUAAUAUAUAUUGAUUUAGUUCUUCGAUCAUCAUUACCUAGCUGUCUCAUUAUAGGAAAAAUCUAAUAGAAUACGUUGAACUUAAGAGCUAACUUGAUGAAUUACUUUGACAAAAUUAUAAUACUGAUCCUCCUCUAAGGAGAUAUUACAGUCUCAGAAGAUAUUUGAGUGGACCCUAACAUGGUGGGCCUGGUUAAGCAAUCAGUCGAGAUGAUUCAAUUAGAGAGUAACUAUAAGCAAGCAAACAUUUCACCAAAUUGAGUGAUACUGGUUGGGUCGAGUCAUUGAAAUAUGCUUCUUUAUUUUUGAUUGUUUGAAUUUUUGAAUGAGGUACAUUUCUCUUGUGUAUCAUCUCAAUUCUCUUGUUAUUAUUGUUACAUUGAUAAGAUUUGUUUGUCAUUUAUAACUAGUCAUUAGGCAAAUCCUAUGUUGCACCGAUACAGAUACGGCGACACAGAUACGACCCGAUACGGAUACGAGAUACAUCAAUUCUUAACAAUAUAGGAUACGGGUACGGCGCGGAUACGGCAACAUAAUUUAUAAAUAAUACAUAAAAAUUAAGAGAGCAAUCAAAGUAUAAUAUUCGAAAUUACAAAAAAAAAUGGCAACAACAUCAUUUGUAGCCUUGUAGCUUAUAAUAUCAAAAUAUAAGUAUUAAAUGUCUAGUACAACAACAAAAGCAUAAACAUGAAUUGUCUA